UGCGCUUUACACUCUGUAUCCAAGGUAAGGAGUCGAUGUGAAAGGGAGGAUAAGGGAUGGAGGGGCUGAAUGGGAGCGGCAUCGGCCCUCCUAACUCGUCCUGGGACACAGGGGCUCCGUACUCCUCAGCCACAGCAGCGGGUCUCGCAGCACUGGUCACUUUCCUCAUCCUGUUCACUGUGGUGGGCAAUGUGCUGGUAGUCAUCGCCGUGCUGACCAGCAGGGCUUUGAAAGCGCCACAGAACCUGUUCCUGGUGUCGCUAGCCACAGCAGACAUUCUGGUGGCCACCCUGGUCAUGCCCUUUUCACUGGCCAACGAGUUAAUGGGCUACUGGCUGUUUGGCAGCACCUGGUGUGGUGCCUACCUAGCACUGGAUGUGCUCUUCUGCACCUCAUCCAUCGUCCACCUGUGCGCCAUCAGCCUGGACAGGUAUUGGUCUGUGACGCGAGCUGUGGAGUACAACCUGAAGCGGACUCCGCGGCGCGUGAAAGUGGUCAUUCUCAUGGUGUGGCUGAUAUCAGCUGCCAUUUCAUCACCACCACUGCUUUCGGCCGACAGUCAGACAGACGCCUCUGAGCGGCCGCAGUGCGAGUUGAAUGACGAGACUUGGUACAUUCUCUCGUCCAGCGUGGCCUCCUUCUUCGCCCCAUGCGUCAUCAUGGUGCUUGUCUACAUCAGGAUCUACCAAGUGGCCAAAACCAGGACGAGAACCAUGUCAGAGAAGAAGAAGCACAGUCUGGAUGCCCCCACGCAGACGGAGAAUGGCUUCAGCAAAGCCACGCAGGUGGGGAGGCCUGGAGAGGAGAGGGAGAAUGGGCACUGUGUGACUGUCCUGGGGCCGCACGGCAUAGAGGGCAUGCCCAGGAUGUCGCCAAGCCAUGAGGAACCAGAGGUCACCUCUUCAUCAGAGGCCAAAGUUCAGAAGGUGAGGGAUCCAACCCCAAGCAGGAGCCAAGUUGAGAGUCCGGAAGGUGGCGGAACAGGUGCAGAGCCCCCCAGGAGGACGUCCCGGGCUGGAAGUAGGGCCAGGGAGCUUUUCUCCUCGCGGAGGAAGAGAAGUGGUCGAAGGAAGAGCAGCAGCAGUGGCAGCAGUGUCAAGAGGCGGGCGUCCCAGGUGAGGGAGAAGCGCUUCACAUUCGUGCUGGCCGUGGUAAUGGGCGUGUUCGUGGUCUGCUGGUUCCCAUUCUUCUUCAGCUACAGCUUGUACGGCGUGUGCGGGCAGGCCUGUCAGAUCCCGGACGUGCUCUUCAAGUUCUUCUUCUGGAUCGGCUACUGCAACAGCUCCCUCAACCCCGUCAUCUACACCAUCUUCAACCAAGACUUCAGGAGGGCCUUCCAGAAGAUCCUUUGCUCGCCUUGGAAGAAAUCCUUCUAGAUGUGUAAGUUCUGGAGGACAUCACUCUGCUCCACCUGGACGAAGUCCAUCUAGAUUGAUCUUUAUAAGCUGACUAGACCAGUGGUUCCCAGUAGUGGUACUACAGUGCCCUUGCGCUGCUUAUUUUGGUGAUUUGCCAUUCUUUGCUGUAGCACACCUGAUCCAACAGGUUGGUUCAGUUGGAUAAUUAACAAGCCUGAGCUGAAGUGGAUGCUUUAGAGUGGGAGAAAACUAGAAUAUGCAGUGCAGAGGUACUCCAGGAAACUGAAGGAGAUCUUUCUGCAAAAUGGAAAUCCUUUCACAGUAAUGGAGGAUAUUGCUGUAGAAUCUCAAGGACGCCCUUCCAGAGCUCUGACAGUGAGCCAGAAGCAGCAAGGCCAGUUUUCUUCCUUUCUCUAUCUCUCUGACUUUUCUGAUUUUGAGAGAUAUUAAACAGUCGUACAGAGCAUUAGAAGAGGACAACUGGAAUAUUUCAGGCUCCAGGGCAUGAGAGACUAGACUGCUGUGCCACCUAAAACUGCCUGACAUGCAUUGGGGUCAGGAAAUGGACUGGAAACAGUCCGUUUCAUCGUCUGGACGUUUGAUGGGCUUUGAUUGGGUCCUGCCUGUUGGAAAAGGAGUUAGGGUCGAGCCUUUGGCUUCAGGCAAAGAAAGAACAGUUGGGGAUGAGAUAAAGUGGACCUGUUAGUGUUUCUACUGCAGUGUUAAACAUAAAAGUUACAGAAUUAUUUUUUAUGUGAACUCUUGAUAAGCUGUGUGAAAUAAAAAGAACACCGAUC